UCUGUGUUGGUAUAGCUGGUUGGUUUUAAGAGCUGCAUGAUGCUGCUGCAAGAGAGGGGAGCGUACACACACAGAUUAUGGCGGCAGCAGAAUCCAGCCCUCUGACCACUCAUGUGCUGAACACUAGCGAUGGCAUCCCAGGUGCCAAGAUGGCUCUCAGUCUGCACCGAUUGGACUCCCAGUUGAUGAUAUGGACCAUGCUGAGUGUUGGGACAACAAAUGAAGAUGGCCGCUGCUCUGUACUCAUCAGCCGGGAAGAUUUCACACCCGGCAUGUACAAGCUGCGCUUUGAGACGGGAGCAUACUGGGAGAGCCUGGAUCAGACCUGCUUCUAUCCUUAUGUAGAGGUUGUGUUCACCAUCAAUGACCCAGACCAGAGGUUUCACCUCCCUCUCCUGAUGAGUCGCUUCUCUUACAGCACCUACAGAGGAAACUGAGAUCUGUGGACCUGACCAGCCGGAAUCACAGAUCGAGAGAGACUUUUCUGUUGUCUUUCGAGAGUUGGGGUCACUUUGAAAUGUCCUUAUUUUUGAAAGAAAAACAUUUUUUUCUUUUCAGUGACGAUAACAUGAAAUUAAUCAGCAAUACAUUCUAGACAUUGUUCAUGUAGUAAAUGACUAUUCUAGCUUGAAACGAUGGAUUUUUUAAUUAAAUAUUUACAUAGGGGUUCAGAGGCCCAUUUCCAGCAACCAUGACUCCUGUGUUCUAAUGGUAAUUCUGGUAGCAAAUCACGUUGAAAGGUUAAUUGAUAAUUAGAAAACCCUUGUGCAAUUAUUCUAGCACAUGAAUAAAAGUGUGGGCUUUCAUGGAAAACAUGAAAUUGCAUGAGUGACCCCAAACUUUUUAACGGUAGUAUAUAGAAGAGGCGUUUCUCUUUCUGUCUUUGAUCCAGUUGUUGUUCUGUGUUACUGUUACUGACUGUUGAGUUUUAAAUACGCGACUAUAGGAUACACUGUGUUUUUAUAUUCAUGAAUACACAGAUAAUCUAUCUUAUGCUUAUGUGUCAUUACUGCACUCUUGGAUUCAUAGGCAACAUCUAAGGAAUCAUUCUUUCUGAGUCAAUCAUCACUGACAUUUAUUCUUAAUAUCACUAUUUUAUGCUUCAUGUUAUUUCCCAUCACACUAACUUACAUGCUUACAUGGAAACCUCUUAAUUAUAUAAUUGCCGGUGUUGAUGACAUUGUCAUUUUCAUAGAAUCUUUAUUCAGAGUCCUAAUCAAAUGGAAAUAAAGCUGAAAGUUAAUUUCA